CCGUGAAGCUUUAAGAAAUCAACGCUAGAUGUCGCUCGGCUUGUCUCAGGAGUGUUUUGUCCUUAUGCGGCCGCCGUACGAGUGCUAGCAACAUGGCGGGUGACGGUGACAAGAGCCAGGAUUUUGUGACUUACGGGACACCCCUGGAACCUCUGGAAGAAGACGAGGCCCCGAGGAAGCCAGUCCCCCUCCACGAGCAGACGGUCAAGGAUGAAAAGGGGCGGUACCAGAGGUUUCAUGGCGCCUUCACGGGAGGAUUUUCUGCUGGUUAUUUCAACACUGUGGGCUCCAAAGAAGGAUGGACACCGUCAACCUUUGUGUCGUCACGACAACAGAAGGCGGAGAAGCAUCAUGCCACGCCAGAAGACUUCAUGGAUGAGGAGGAUAUGGGCGAGCAUGGCAUCGCCCCUUCCCAAAUCACCACUACACAGCCGUUUGCUUCCGGCCGCAGCGUGGGGGACAAGGCGAGGGCGGUGAACGCUCAGGCGGCGCUCAUCCCAGGAGACACUAUGUUGGAGGAACUGAUUGCCCCCGCCAGGUCUUCGGUGGGCGUCGAGAUCCUGACGAAGAUGGGCUGGAAACCGGGACAGGGGGUGGGGCCUCGUGUGAAGAGGAGGGCUCGCCGCCAGCACACAGCAGACAGCACCGCCAGAGUGUACAGCUGUGCUCCGCCCCCCACGGGCUCAGAGGGUUCAGAGGAGGAGGAGGAUGAUGAUGAGGAGUUUGCUCCUGACAAUGUGACCUUCGCCCCCAAAGAUGUAAGCGCGGUGGACUUCACCCCCAGGACCGGGCUUCAGGGUCUGGGCUACAGCGGUUUGGACCCGGCCCUGGCGCUGCAAGCCAGGGGAGCCAAUGAACACAUCGACUUGUUCAAGCCACACUCGGACUUGAGGAGUCGACUCUUUGGAGAAGCUUUGAGCAGCUCACGGCGAGGGGGCGUUGCUGGCCAGGCUUUUGGUGUAGGGGCGCUGGAGGAUGAGGAUGAAGAUGUGUACCACAGAGACUCCAUGUCCAAAUAUGACACAGUGCUGGAGGGGGAGGAGCCUGGAGACGGGCUCUAUGGAUGGACGGCACCUCAGCACAAGGCCCGAAAACCAAACCACAAGGAAGCGUCCUACGUUGGCAAAAUCUUGGAAGGUUUCACGCUGGCACAGAAUCCUGAAGAAGACAAAACUAUCUUCCGUCCUCCAGUGCUGCCUGCCAACUAUCGUCCCGUACAUCAUUUUCGCCCCCCAGUGGAGGUUUCACACGUGACCGGUAUCAGUGCGGCACUGGCCAAAGCUCUGAAGACAUCCAGGGGUCACAUGGUCCAAGAGGAGCCUGCACAAGGAGGACGCCAUCAGAUGGUUUCCAGCCAGAGGGGGACGCUGCUAGGAGAGGACUCCUUGAAAGGUGCCACUUCAGUCAUGGAGCUGCUGAGGCCGGAAGACCGAGAGCGACUGCUCCGCCUCCGCAACUCAUCUGGGGCCGCCCCAGCAACCACCCCUGCACCGGCAACCGCCCCGGCCCACAAUCCCAUGCGGCCAGCGGCCUCAAUGCCCCAAAGCGGCGGCGGUGGCAUCGCCUCAUCCUCCAGUUUGCAGCAGCAGCAGCAGGCCAUGGCGGCGUGGAAAGGACACACCUCCUUGCACACGUUCAAGCCCUUCGAGAAGAAUGCCAGCAAGCAAGCUCGCUACGACUCGUACCUGAGUCGCCUCCAGCUGGGAGACAAAGACGCCCUGAACCAAAGUUUGGAUCCAGCCAUGACGGAGUGGGAGCGCAGCCGGGAAGGGGAGGAGUUUGUCCGAGCCUCAAUCUUGUACCGGCCCACUUCGUCCGUGCUGUCGAGUCGCUUCACUCGAGCCAAAAAUCAGGAAGACGAUGACGACCACGUGGAAGUGGAUCGUGACGAGGAGGGUGACCUGGAUGACAAACAAGCGGCUGUCAAGAUGAAAAUGUUUGGACAACUCACCAGAGAAACGUUUGAAUGGCAUCCCGACAGAAUUAUGUGCAGGAGAUUCAAUGUGCCUGACCCCUACCCUGGCUCGUCCAUAGUUGGUCUUCCCAAAGUGAAGCGAGACAAGUUUUCUGUCUUCAACUUCCUGUCGGUGACAGAGAGCAGCGAACGUACAGCCCCAGCAAAGGCUCUGCAGACCAGCAAGAAGUCCAGAUGGGACCAGGAGGGGGAUAAGAGCGACCCACUCAUAAGCGAGGCCACAGAGCAAACAAGUGACACCAAAGUGGACCAAGCAACGGAAGCGUCGUCCAGUAGAACUCCUGAGCCGACAGCUAAAGACAGAAAGGAGGACGGGAAUGGGAAUGCGGAUGAUGUUGAGGAUGAGGAUACGGAGGAGGAAGAAGAUGAGGAGGAAGAGGAGGCGGAGGAGGAGAGCCGGCCCCCCAUGGACCUGUUCAAGGCCAUCUUUGCCAGCUCCUCCGACGACAAGUCCUCCUCUUCGUCAAAUGAAGACAGUGAGGAGGAGGAGCCAAAAGAGGAAGGAGUUAAGUCGGAAGCGACGAACCUCUUCAACAUAUCAUUGUCUUCGGUCGUGACGAGCAGCGUGGCAAACACUGUGACGACGUCAGGGUCAAAUUCCUUGCAGCAGACUGCGGCAGUUUUCCCUCACAUGCCGUCAGAGGAAGUGCUCGAGUUUGGUCCCAAGCUCCCGCCUCCGUGGUUCGGUCCCGGCAGGGGACGCGCCACCUCGCCGCGUGAGUGCGAGAAGAGCAAAGACAGGAAACAUAACAACAAGAAGCAACACAAACACAAGAAAGACAAAAAGAAGAAGAAAGCUAAGAAGCACAAACACAAAGUGAAGCAGCAGCAGCAGCAGGAGAAGAAGAUGAAGAAGAAGAAGAAGAAAGAGGAGACGUCCUCCAGCAGCUCAGAGCAAAGUGAUGGUGAUGGUGAUGGAGAGAUGGUGUCCACAGAGGAGCUACUGAAGAGGCUGAAGAGCGUCACAUCAUCAUCAUAAAUGGCAGCAAAGUGACCUGUGACCCCAUCACAUUGGAACUUUCUGAGCACUGUUUUCACGUGUCCUAGGGAAAAACUGAACUGAUGACAUCAUCAUUUGAAGAAAGUUUGUUUUUUAUUGUUUGACAGCGGUAAAUAAACAACAGUAUCAUCAACAAUGCAAGGCUCAUCAGAAGACACUCUGCUGCAGGCAGCGGCAUCCGCAGCCCGCCGGGCACUCGUCCUGGUGGCGGAACCAGUCCAUCAUGUGACCCGUGUGCCCGCCGUGACCGCAGCUGAGACAGAAGUGGGAGGAGCCCCGCACGGCCACAUGGCACACGGCGCACUGGAAGGUGAGGCGCUUGCACACGGCGCACUGCGUCCCCCGCGCCUGACUGCGACAGUGGCAGCAGAACACGCCAAACUCUGCGAGCACGGAGUCGAGACACACAGGAAAUUAGCGUCGAUGCAGAACGGGAAGGAAGCCGGCGCGGCAACUCGGGCCAGCGACCUACCGACGCCUUGGUGCGGUUCCGGCGGACAGGAAGCAAACUUGAGAACAUCGGCUCGUUUGUCUCGGAGGCCCCAGCGGUACAAGAUUUCACUGUAACACUUCUUGAAGUCGUCAAACUGCAGCGUGUUGGUGGGGUCCAGAAGUCUGCGGGUGACAGGAAGUGACAUCACAGCGCCAUCGGAACAUAACACUGCGUGUGGAAGCGGGGAAGCCACCUCUUGUUCAUGUCGUGCUGCUCGCUCUCGCGUUCGCGUGGGUCAGCGCAACCCUGGUUGCUAUAGCGACCGUCUUCGGGGGAGGACUCGCUCCAGGAGUUGGCGUGCUCAGAGUCCCGAGACACGGACGGGAACGUCAGCUCGGAGGUGAAGCUGGGCUGAGCAACGGUCACAUGACAUCACGUCCUGUACAAGAUUGUCUUGCAAGCCAGGAUGGUGCUUAGGGCGUGUGACGACUUACGUAGCGUGAGUGAGGGGGCAGGAACACGGGGGAGCGAGACUGUGACGGACCGUGUGGCGGGUGACAGUCUGUGAAGACGCUGCACAGCAUGGCGAGAGUCUGAACGUCACUCAUGUGACUGUAGUGGUCCACACUGAGGGUGAAACCCACCACACCACGUUAAACCCCCUUGUCAUAGUUGCUGCCUCGAUUACACUAAACUGUGUUGCAUGACACUAAACAUGAUUCUUACUGGCUCAUGGAGGUUUGAAAACAACUCACAGAGUGUCCAGCAGGUGGCGACCAAACGGAUGACUCGCCCAAGGAGCGUUCGUGUCGGGGUCUGAGUCUGGACUCAGGUCACGACUUGUUGCUGCAGAUGCCAAAGCCCACACCUGCGCGCGCGCACACACACACACUUGUUGACAUUCAUUAAGUUACAUCAGUUGCUAUGGCGACGACCUACCUUGGCUACAUCUCUACGUCCGGCUGCCAGCGCGGCGGCUGCAUUCUUCUGACACGUGUCCUGGAUGUCACGCAUGUUCAGACUAAGGCGAGGGUAAGACAUCGGGUGACAACAAGGAAUGUUGGCAACUGACAACAAGGAAUGAGGCGUUCACUGACAUGUAAUUCUCUCCAAGGACUUUGUGGACAGGAAGCAGGCAGGAGAUUUCCUGGAUGAUCACCUUCCCUGCCAACUUGAUGGACCGACUACCGUAGUCUGCCCCGUCCCUCUUGGUCUUAAAGCGGCGAGAUUUCUAGAGGACACGGCUUGACUUAGUUUUGCUAGCUUGUAUCGCUCUGUUCUCCCAGAGCCCCUAAACGAACCAGCAGCAGCCCGAGUGGUUUUGUAAAAGACCAUGUGACCACUGAAAUAUCUGAUUUGUCAUUGCAAUGGCAAACAGCUCAGCUCGUGCGCGUGUGUGUGCGUCACCCGCUCUUUGUAGUAGAAGGACGAGAUGGACACGGUGUCUUUGUCCGAGCGAGUUGGACUGCUGCUGUAUAGACGCAGAGCGCUCUGAGACUCCGAGCGGAUCUUCAUGGGGGUCAACACACCGCUGUGAUAGGCCGACAGAGCUGACAGGGACCUGAGACACACACACACACACACAGGUGUUAGCUUAGCUUAGCACAAAACCUGCGAAAACGGAAAUGAUCAGUGACUGUUACCUUGGAGUGGGCUCAGUGGGUGGGGCUGAGCGGUGCAUGGUGAUCGGUCGUGUAAAGUAAACCAGACAGCCGGUUCCACAGAACCGAGCCCCUGAUGUGCGGGGGAAGGGAAUGUUGGCGUCCUGCAAAACGUGUGUGUGUGUGUGUGUGUGUGCGCGUCAGUGGCGGUCGUGUGUCAGAGUAUUUCCAGUGACUGGUACCAAGAGGAAGUGCUUUGAGUCACAUACCUGGUAUGAUCCAUAUGUGUUGGUGACUCGAGGAAACGCCUGCAGCGCUGGAGCGACAGGAUUGGACAGGACGAAGGGGCCUGAGGACGGACUGUCAUCCUGCGUCUGAGGAAGAAAUGGAGGUCCUUUUGUGUGUAACAUUAAGGUCGUUGAAGACGCGUGAUGGGGACGUUCUCACCAUGUCCGACUCGAGACAGGACACGAGCUGUCGGACACAAGGUUCUAGACAGUUCUGGUUCCUUUUGACCUUCUGCAGGGACAUGUCGGUGAGGAUCUGAAAGACGAGAGGAUACAUGAGAUGCACCCAAAGAUGUCAACGUGAAGACUCAGGAGCAUCCGUUUGUGUCGUACUUUGUGGAUCUUGCUCUUCAUUGCGGUGGAGAUGGUCGUCGGGGAGACAAACUGGAAGGUAGGGGCGCAGUUGUUGGGAUAUUGUCCUGGGAAUUUCAUCAGCAGUCGAACCUGAUGACUCCCAAAAUGAGCCGACACCACACAGCUGCAGUUCAUCGCGUCCAUCUGUCCCCGCCACCCCCAAAAAAUAACGUUGGAAUCUCCACGUCCUCCAAAUUGUUUCAUCUCGGUCUGUCCACGGCUCACCUCCACGUUGACGUUCCUGAUCUGCAGGUUGACCAGAGAGAAUUCCUGCUGUAGCGUCUGAGGGAGACUUGACGACGCAGCUGAGUCCAGGCGACCACCCGAGCCUGCCACGCCAUCUUGAUCUGAUUGGCAGAGCGCAGGUGGAGUAGGGACAGUGAGAUACAGAGGGAGAGUGGACAGGUGGACAGACGUGCGUGUCACCGUGCAGGUGUUGUCCAGCAGGAAUUCUGGUGUGUUGUCCGUCAGGGUCAUUGGACGUCAGCGACUUGUCCGUAUCCAUGUUGAGAGACAUUCCCUCCAUCAAGUCGUCUGCCAAGUCGCUGACACACAGCUGCAUGACAAGAAGUCACAAGUUACGUGUCACACGUGUGACCAGGAUCACCACAAAUCACCUUUUGCAGCUGAGGGUCCACCCGCCAGAUCCUCAGAGUCUGAUCUCUGGACCAUGUGACCAGUUGGUAGUCUUUAGUACCUGAGACACAGGACACAAACAAGGAAGUGCACUGACCCAGUCGCGAAAAGAGGUGGAGCCUCGACCUUAGCGUGCACUGACCUUCCUUCUGCGGCCUCCAUUGGAACUCAAGAACGACGUCGUCGUGUCCCACAAAGGCAUGGACUGGACUGUUGAGGUCCAACGUGGACCACAGAAGAAGGCUGUUCUCGCGUCUCAGCUGAGGGACCAUCACUGUGACCAGGCCAUUGGAGAACGGCUGCACGCACGCACACACACACAGGCACACACACACACACUAAAUUGCAGUUUGUUGUUGUUGAUUGUAGAUCAUCACCAAAGUUCUCACCGUAUAGCGAGCCUUCCAGACUGGCACCUGACACGAAAGGAUGUUCAGGUACUUCCUGGGCUGUCUGUAAUCCCAAAACUACAUGCACACGCGCACAUGCACGCACACACACACCAUCCACGUGAUGACUGGGAAUGCUGGGAAUGUGGUAGCUUCAGUUCUUGUGUUCACCCUCACCCUUACUGAGUUGUCCUGGCUGCUCGUGGCCAGGAUGAACUCGUUGUCCGGGUGCCAGUCCAGACCGUGGAUCUUGGACAAGUGGGCCGCCACGUACUCGGCAGCCGUGUUGGGCUUCUGCGCGGAGAACAACAAUACACACUGCGACCACACACGAGAUCACGUGUGAGUCAACAUGCGCCACUGUGGUUCUCACCCUUCUGUCCCAGAUGCGAACAUCACCAUCGUGACUGGACGCCAGCAGGUUCUGGUUCCUGCGGUUCCAUUUCACCUGAGACGCACCCGCUGAAACAUGACACACAAGAACAUCCGCUUUCGCCUGUAGUCAUAAUUUCUGUGAUCAAGUUCUGAGUGUUGUUACGUGUUCUCACCAACAGCAGACAGAGCCACAGCGGGCUUCCGCGUGUCUCUGUGGAGAAGAACAUCAUUCAUGUCAAAACCGUAGGGUCAGCAGCUGUCCAGACCUUAGCGCGUCCUUCUCUACUACCUGGUGUCCCAGAUGUACAUGUAUGUGUCCACGGAGCUGGUGACCAGGAACUCCGCUUCAAAGCACGACCAGUCCAGAUCACUGCGGCACACACACAGGACGUGUGGACAUCUCCGGCACUGCCAUCCUUCCAUGAAUAUAAGUCCACACGCUGGUUGCUCUGGAAGUCACACCCAGUGAGACGAGUCAGACGGGAAGUGAGUCUACAUGAGGACGUGGGGAGGAAAACUUACCGAGGCGGCGAAGAUAUGCGAGUGGGACUUGUGAGGGUUCCACUGGACCGUGCCCACGUCCCACUUACUGUGGCGAGCCAUCUUCCUCGCCAGCUCACACGGCGCCUCCAAGUUGACCAUGUACAGGAAACGCCGCCUAAUGGGGAGGAUAGAUAAGAGGGUUACAGGAAGUAACCUUUGAACUCAGAGCAGCCUGUUUAUACAGUGACUUACCCAGACAGCACAGCAUGGGAGCCCAGACAGUCCACAGACAUGGUGGUUGCCUGGCAACACAAACAACAUGGUCAGCAGGAGACGGGUGGGAUGAACGAUGACGAGCUGCGACAUCCUUCUGAGUGUAGCGUGUGGCCCGUAACCAUGGUAACACUAGAAGCAUCUGUGUCAUGGCGUCUUUGUAAAAAUGAAGUUUGUUCCUGUCACGUGACUUGCUUUUGUAAAGGGACCAAAAAUGUUCAACCAAAUUGUGAAGUCGUUCCACCCUUUUAAACUCAAAGGUUACCUCGCUAAAAGUUACUAGCGUGUUUUUUUGUGAAAUUUUGGACUUUGAUGCGCACUUGCCUCUGUCGGCCACCGUACAAAAGAAGUAGUAUGCGAUUACUCAUUCUGAACUUUCCUGACUACUACUACAGUCUUAAGACUGACAUAUCGUUCUUGAUUCGCCUCUGGACCAAAGAGUCUGAGAAAGUAUUGAAAGUUGACUUAGGCGGCCAGCAGCUGCACCCCAUGUGAAAUAAGAGUCUUAUAACAAAGAAACGAUCUUUAGAAACCGCACACCUGUGCGUCGCGAAACUCCAACACCACAUUCUCGCUGCUCCACCGCGCCGCCAUCUUGAUUCUGCUGCCUCGAUGUCAACAAAGAGUCACAUGACACAUGCCAGUCAAUGACGUCACACACACGCCUCUCCCCAACCACUGAAUUUAAACUUACUCAUACAUUCACUGUUAUGCUUGACUAUUAACACUUUUCAUCAUUACAGUGUGUUCUAUAUUUAGCAAUGUGUGCUAUAUUUCGGCUGUGAUAGCAUGACAGUUACACGUGGCAGCGAGGUCUUCUCUGAUUGGUCGGUCAC